CAUGUCGCGCUCGCCGUAUCAAGGUACGUCGUCCGAGGUCGUCCUCUUGCACGCCCCCUCCCUUUCUCUUGCUCGGACGACUGACUGACUGACCUCUCCCCUCUCGCAGUGCGAUGAAGGUAAACCAACAUGCAAGCAAUGCGCAAAGUCGAAGCGCGAAUGCGCCGGCUACCGAAACGAAUUCGAGAUUGUCCACCGUGACCAGACAAAGUCUACCGUCCGCCGAAUGAACAAGUUAGGGUUAACGCCCUCGACCUCGACCGCGGUAGCGACCACCUCCACGCCGCCGAAAGAAGCACCGCCGUCGCACUUGCCGAGCCCUCGUCCGACUCCUACGCGACAACACACGCCCGAUCCUACCGCGACGCUCACAGUCCCCCUCGCUCAACGCGCGGCCUGCUAUUUUGCCUCCAACUUCCUAUACGUGCCGCUGGGCCAGAUGCCCCAUGGUCAUAUGGACUACCUCGUGCCCUUAAUCGACGCCGAACCCCCCGAUAGCGCCCUCCGAAGCGCCUUCAAUGCCUGUGCUAUAGCUGCUCUCGGGAAUAGACAAAAAGCGAACAGUCUCAACCUCGCCAAUCUUUCUCUCCGGGAACACACUCUGGCUCUGGCAAAGACUCAUGCUGCCUUGGGGAACCCCGCCACUGCCAAUUCCGAUGCAACGCUCGCUACAGUGCUUCUGCUGGGUUUGUACGAGAGCAUCACGGCGAUCAAGGAGUCGCGCAUGCUGGCAUGGCGUUCACACGUUGACGGGGCAAUCCAGAUUGUCAAGCUGCGAGGCCGAGAACAAAUGCGCAGCACCAAGACUGGAACGCUUUUGUUCCAAGCAGUGAGGCAUCAAGUGCUCGGCCGCGCACUAACAUCUGGUACGCCCCCGCCAUUAGGGGUCGACUGGUGGAUGGACGGCAUGGGCGAUGGCCAUCUCUUGCCUAGCGCCGCCAUGCACCGCUUCGCCCUCCGAGUCAGUGAAUUGCGAGCCGAGGCAGCUGCUCUAUUGGCUGGCAUAACACGGACCGCCGGUAAUAUCGAACUGAUGCAACAGAUGGCCCAUCGAGUGCGUUUGCUGGACCAAGAGAUUGCUUCUUGGCUUCUUUCUCUGCCGCCAAACCUACGCUUCAAGACGCUAUGCUGGCUAUCCGACGAGGAGGUGGGCCUAUCACCUGGGCGGCAGUACAACUACUCCAAGCUCGAAGUAUUCCCUGGCCGUGUCGACAUGUACCCCGACUUUGUGACUGCCCGCAUAUGGAACACUGCACGCACCGUACGCCUUGUACUAGCCUCCCUCAACAUCCGCAUAACAGCAUGGCUCAGCACGCCCGCUGACUACCGCACAACUGCCGAGUAUGCCAGGUCGAAAGCCAUAUGUGAAGGCACCAUUGCCGACGUCAUAUCCUCGGUCCCUUACCAUCUUGGAUGGCACACCAAGCAGGCGGGCCUGUUCGACAACGGUACUGAUCGCUCCGGCUUUGCUUGCGGUCACGAGGAUUCCAUCAAGGCUCUUCCAGCUUGGUUCCUGAUUUGGGCCUUGACUUGUGUCAAGAACCAUGAUAUGGCGACUGACGAGCAGCGCGUUUGGGUGAAGGGCCGGCUUCGGUUCAUUGCCGAUCAUGUUGGGCUGAAGUAUGCCAAUAUUGUUAACGACCUCGAACUUCGCUUCCCGUCAAUGUUCAUCUGCCAGGACGGCACAAUGCCUUCGUCGGAUCCACUGAGGGCCGGGACGUACAAAGGCCGUCCUGUUCCUGUAAGCGCAAUGCUCACCGCCAUCACUACUCCUCGGACUCCUGAAAGCAUGGGUUCUGAAGGAAGGUAUCCGUCGCCUUGAUAGGAUGACGUUUAGGGCGAUUCCUCUACGAGCUUGACGGGCCCUCGACGUGAUACAUCGACGUCGACACGCACUGUAUAUGUUGAACCUUGUCAGUAGGGAGGUGACCGACUUGCACGGACACCAUGGCGACACUACAGGAAGAUGUCGAUGUUACUGAUGCCAUGCAUCACCCCUACGAGUCAAAGCAGAACAUGAGGAUAAACCUCACCUCAUCGAGGUUUUUCGCCAACAGAACGAGAACCGAAUUUCACGGGCAGUC